AUGAAAACAUUAGUGCUGUUCGUAUAUUUAUUGCAGGCAUUCAUAUCUGCACACUGUAAAGUAAAUCAAGAUGUGAUCGAUGCGAAUAUAGUGAAUUCAAAAGUGGAGCGAAGGUUGGACAUCGCCACCCAUUUGGUGAAGACAUGGACGGCAAUUACAGUGGAAAACAGGGGGCCGUCAGCUGUCAGAUCUUAUCUGUUUGUUGUAGACCCGUCGUUGCAGGAGCACCUGUCUUUUAUAAGUGCCGUUGCAAAAGACCAUAAAGACGAGAAACUUUUGGUGUCAGAGACCAAAGUUUCAGGACAUAAUGACAAGUUGUUUUUCCGCAUCACACUUCGAUCUCCCUUAGAAAGUGGGAAAACAGUUACUCUGGAGGUGGAAGCUGUGUAUUCGCAUGUUCUGAAACCAUACCCAUCAGCAAUUACACAGGCAGAGAAGCAGUUUGUUGUGUUGGAGACAAACCUGUACUUCUACUCCCCUUACCCAACAACUAGCCAGAUGACCACAGUUAUCACUGCCAGUUCUAAUGUGGAAUCUUAUACCAAGACAAAACCAGUCUCGCAGAGUGAUACAUCCAUUAAUUAUGGACCUUUUGAGGACAAAGGCCCCUUCUCUGAGGCUACUUUGAGGAUACAUGAAGAAAACAACAGUCCAUUUAUGACGGUGACCAACCUGGAGCGACUGAUAGAAAUCUCUCACUGGGGCAAUAUUGCAGUUGAGGAACACAUCGAUAUCCGACACACUGGUGCUGUCCUCAAGGGACCAUUUUCCAGAUUUGACUAUCAGAGGCAGCAGGAUGGAUAUUCAUCUGUCAAGCAGUUCAAAACAUCCCUGCCAGCAUCAGCUCGUGAUGUUUACUACCGGGAUGAAAUUGGCAACAUCUCGACCUCGAACCUGAGAGAGAUGGAUGAAUCGGUAGAUGUCGAAUUGAGACCAAGGUUUCCUCUUUUCGGAGGGUGGAAGACAGACUACAUCUUGGGCUACAAUGUUCCUAGUUACGAGUACCUGUACAAUAAAGGUGAUCACUAUGCACUGAAGAUGCGUUUCAUUGAUCAUAUUUAUGAUGAUAUGGUUGUAGACAAGAUGCGACUAAAGAUUAUUUUACCUGAAGGGUCCAAAGAUAUUGAACUGAAAGUACCAUUUGAGGUUCAGCGGAAGCCCGAUGAAGUCCACUACACUUACCUGGACACCCUUGGCAGACCUGUUGUUGUUCUUCACAAAGAAAACCUGGUGGAGCAACAUAUCCAAGAUUUUGAGUUGCACUACACGUUCCAAAGAUGGCGACUGCUGCAAGAGCCCCUGAUGAUUGUUGGUACAUUCUAUCUGCUCUUCCUGGUGGUUAUCAUUUAUGUCAGGCUUGACUUCUCCAUUACAAAGGACGAGGCAAAAGAAAGUCGUAUGAGAGUCUCAACCUUGGUUGAUGAAGUGCAGAGUGCCCACGACCGCCGCAGUGCCCUGUAUCAGAGCUAUGAUGAUGCAGUCAACAAGUACAAAUCUAGCAAGGACAUGACUGCCUUUAUCACCAGCCGCAAAAAGAUUGAUGCUGACCACAAGCUGUUGACUCAGCAGAUUCACAACCUGCAGGCCCAACUCAAAACUGAAAGCUCAGAGGCUGCUGAGAAG